CGUAUUGAAUUGAUGUUAUAUAAAAUCUAUGUCAAGUCAAACAGCAACAUCAUUUCUGUUUAUUUUUAUAUAAUUAUUCAAAACGAUUGAUAUGCAUAAAUCAGUUUAAAUGAUUUUAAUUUUCAUUUACACGUCAGUUGAAAGUAACCUCCCUAUGCCUAAAAUGAAGGUGCCCGAGAUGAAGUGCGUCGUUGGCUCUUCAAUACCGAAAAUGAAUUGGUGUGAUAGGACAUUUGACUGCUUAGACUUUACGGAUGAAUUGUCAUGUCAGAACAAAAUUAAAGAUCACAAUCUCACGAUUAUUGGCAAACCAAUGAUGCAAUCUCAUUUACCUAAACGACUAAUUCGCGAGGCAUAUUUCACCUGUGAACAUAGCAAAGAGUGGAUAUCUACAUUCGCUAAAUGUGAUAACGUCAUAGAUUGUCUCGAUGCUUCAGACGAAGUCCAUUGUUCUCACGAUAAAAUUGGAUGUGAUGACAACGAAUUCUCUUGUGAUGGCGGACAUUGUAUAAAAUUAAGUCACGUGUGCGAUUUUAUAUCCGACUGUGUGGACGGUACAGAUGAAAAAUGUGAAUACCAAACCUGUGAUAAAAAUGAAAUUCCUUGUGAUAAUAAACAGUGCAUUCCAUCAGAAAAACACUGUAAUGCUAUACCUGACUGUUUGGAUAAUAGCGAUGAAGAUAACUGUGAGUCCUGCAGAAAUUCAUUUCUUUGUUCUGGUGAUAACAAAUGCAUUCCUCUUCGUCUGAUAUGUGAUCUAUACCCUGACUGUACGGACAGCAGUGAUGAAUUGGCUUGCGAUUUAGAAAUGCCAAAAUCUGCUGAUUUUGGCGAUGGAUAUCUUUCUCUGACAUAUUGGAAAGAUAUGUUCCAGCAGGCAAAACAUAUCCCACAAAGAUCCUCAUGA